AAAUAUCCCACCGUCACCAUUAGAACGCAUUGUGUUAUCAUCUCCUCGAGAGAGAGAGAGAGAGAGGGAGAAAGCUUUACUGUAAACGAAGGAUUUGAUUUUUUUAUUUUUCUGAUCUGAUCUUCUCGAGAGAGAGAGAGAGUAAUCAUGGCGAGCGGAGCUAAUAGAGUGGAUCUAGAUGGAAGACCGAUAAAACCGAUGACGAUAUGCAUGAUCGGAGCCGGAGGUUUCAUCGGUUCACAUCUCUGUGAGAAGCUGAUGACGGAGACACCGCAUAAGGUGCUUGCGCUCGAUGUUUACAACGAUAAGAUCAAACACUUGCUUGAGCCUGAUUCCGUUGAAUGGAGUGGUCGGAUCCAGUUUCAUCGUAUCAAUAUUAAGCAUGAUUCCAGGCUUGAAGGACUUAUUAAGAUGGCGGAUCUGACUAUAAAUCUUGCUGCGAUCUGUACUCCAGCUGAUUACAAUACGCGUCCUCUUGAUACUAUCUACAGCAAUUUCAUUGAUGCGCUCCCAGUGGUUAAGUACUGCUCUGAGAACAACAAGCGUCUCAUUCACUUUUCCACCUGUGAAGUAUAUGGAAAAACCAUAGGAAGCUUUCUUCCGAAGGAUCAUCCCCUGCGUGACGAUCCUUCUUUCUAUGUUCUUAAAGAAGAUAUUUCCCCUUGCAUAUUUGGUUCAAUUGAGAAGCAGAGGUGGUCAUAUGCGUGUGCAAAGCAACUGAUUGAGAGACUCGUUUAUGCUGAGGGUGCUGAGAAUGGACUUGAGUUCACCAUUGUAAGACCUUUUAACUGGAUUGGACCUAGGAUGGAUUUCAUCCCCGGCAUUGAUGGUCCUAGCGAAGGUGUCCCACGUGUCCUCGCCUGCUUUAGUAAUAAUCUUCUACGCCGUGAGCCUCUCAAGCUUGUGGAUGGUGGAGAAUCACAGAGAACUUUCAUCUACAUCAAGGAUGCUAUCGAAGCCGUCCUUUUGAUGAUUGAAAACCCAGAGAGGGCAAAUGGGCAUAUCUUCAAUGUUGGCAAUCCAAACAACGAAGUUACAGUACGACAGCUAGCUGAAAUGAUGACUGAGGUUUACGCGAAAGUGAGUGGAGAGGGAGCCAUAGAGAGCCCAACGGUUGAUGUUAGCUCCAAAGAGUUUUACGGGGAAGGUUAUGACGACAGUGACAAGAGAAUCCCAGACAUGACAAUAAGGAAUGAAGAUUCACUUAUCUGACUAAAGUUUAAGUGAAAAGGAUGAACAUCAUUGAAGCUUAGCUUUUUAGUGAUCUUCAAAUCCGACGGGCGACGGCUAUGAAAAGAAAAAAGCUUUGGUGUUUAACGAUCUUUUAAACAGUUAUUAAAUUGUAAAAAGCAAUCCAGAAUUAAUAGCGUCUGUAGUCCAACGGUUAGGAUAAUUGCCUUCCAAGCAAUAGACCCGGGUUCGACUCCCGGCAGACGCAAAAUUAUAUU